AGGGGGCGGUGCUGGGCUGUCAUUAGGACAUGCACCCUCCUCUGAGGAAGAACGUGUUGCCGUAGCUAAGCAACGUGGAAAAAGUCAGCCAAACAAUCGCCUCUCAGAGACGUGAGCAAAAGUCAUCGGAUGUUAUAAUAAGCGGAUGUCACAAUGCCUGGCACUUUUAGCUCAGGUAGUAUAAAACCUCCAAUUCAUAAUCAAAUUGUCGAGCUGCAGCGAAAAAUUCAACUACUUGAGGGAGACAGAAGUGCGUACUAUGAGAGCUCUCAAACUACAAUCAAGAAGAACAAAAGCACAAUCCUACAACUAAGGCUGGAAAACAAGCUUCUGCACAAGAAACUGGCAGAGGCGCUGGCUGGAGAUGAGCAGGUGAUCAGGGAGGCGUUUCAAAACCACGGCUCAGAGAAGGCAGCACUCCGGAACAUGUCUGCGAAGGCAGCAGUGCAGGUGUUGGAUCAAAAGGUGUGUGAUAAGAUGAAGAAGUUGAAUGCACAGAAAUACAUCACGCAAACAUACCGUCGGCAGCUAGAUGAACUGCAUGUCCAGUUUGAGAGAGCAAGAAAAGAGAGGCGGGGGCCUCCAUCUACAGAAGACACAACGAAAGAAGGGGACUCCGCUGAUGUGCUUCCCCAAAAGCAGAACCUACGUGUAUUGGAGAACCGAUUGGAGAAAGCACAACUAAAAUGUAAAGAGGCUGAACACAUCAUGCGGAGCUACCUGAAACUAAAGCAGCACCUGCAGGAGGAGAGCCUGUCCUUCCAGUCCCAACUGGACCAGUUGGAGGGGGAGAUCCUCCGUCAGAAACAGGAUCUCCGAGAGCUGCAGGUCAUGAACAACGAUGCCCACCUGGCCAAGGACGCAGCAAAGGCAGAGCUACAGCGGCAGGAGGAGCUGGUGUAUGGCGAACGGAGGAAAAGGGAGGUCAUUCUAAGUCAGUAUAAGAAGCAGGUGGAGGAGCGGCGAGCACAGGCUGAGAGAGGAGAGCGCCGUGCCCAGCGGGCUGCAGUGCACCUGGAUGAGCUGAGCAGUGAGGCCCAGCACAGCGUUACGGGAGGAGGGGAGGAGGACAGAGCCAUGUCCAGCUUUGAGGAGGCUUUCCACCGCAUCAGAGAGGCUACCGGAGUCACCGGUACACAGGAGGUAGUGGAUAGGUUCAUAUCUCAGCAGGACACUCAAAAGCAUUUGCAUGAGAUGAAGCUUCAGAAUGAGACUAUACUGCAACAGCUGAAGGAGGAGAGAGAUUCCCUGCACACACAGUUCCAGGAGCUGAAAUACUCAGGAGAGAGCAAACUAACCAGUGGCCGGCAAAUGUUGGAGGAUUGUAAGCAACAUCUGCAAAGGGAGCAGCAGAGACGAGAUGGAGCUAAAGAGACGCUGGACAGACUCACACACCUACUGAACACAGUCAAUGCUGGAGUGGAGCAUCUCACAGACAAGUUACAGCACAUCCCACUGCCGAAGGAUGGCACUGUGGAGCAGGCGGUGGUGGACCCGGCAGAGAGGAUUCUAGACCUGCUGCGGCAGGCUGAGUGGAAACUGCAGCAGGUGCAGGAGGAGCUGCAGGACCAAGACCUGCCAACUCUCCUCAAGGACAUGGAGGAUGAGGAGUUCCAGGCCAGCAUUGAGGGGAAGCUUCCACAGUAUAACACCCGCAUCACACUGCCUGAAACCCAGAGACUCGACCCCUAUGACGAAGAUGAAGACAGUGGAGAUGAUGAGGGUGACAUUAUCACACGAGCCUCCCUUAAACGUCAAUCACAGCUAAUUAUCGACUCUAAGACCAAGAGGAAGACUCGCAUGAAGAAAAGGAAGGGGAAGCUGUGAUGGGGGCUGCAGACACCUUCCACUGCUACCUCGCACCUCACCUCCACCUGCAGGGAAGGAGCAGAAAAUAAUACCUCAGAAAACAAAGUAGCUUUCCCAUAAUCCCCCUGCAGACACAAUGAUGGUAUACAUAGUACAAAAUCCCUUUAUAGUUUGACUCUUAUCUGUCAUAUAGGCAUAGUAACAGGUAGUUAGAUUUUGACCAGGUUUUAUUUAAUCAAAUCAACUUUUUGUCCCCUGUUAAGCAUUGGGUUUAAAAAUAUUCCAAAGACACAUGCAUGUACAUGAUAAAUUCUAAAAUAAAUCUUACCUGU